AGCACCCUCUAGAGUAAGCAGGAAGCUCUGGCAGCCUUUUCUUUCAUCUUGUGGAAAGAAUGUCUUAAAUAGCCUGGACAGCAUAUUCAUCUUUUUGCCUUUUUAUUGAACUUCCUGAAAAUCUAACCAUUCAAACAUAGUUAUGGAAAUAUGGAAAAGAACUAAUUUGAAACAUGUUAAAUCAUUAAAUAAAUGAUCAUAUCAUUAAAAUAGUCCUUAAAAUGCUUUCAAAUGAAAUCCCCAGUGCAAAAAAAACCCAACUAAACAAAACCUGUCAACCAGCAACCAGUGAAAAUAUUCAUAUUGAAGUGUAACAUUACAAGCCUGUGGCUGGUAUUUUACCCACUGUGACUGCAAAAGUAGUACCUGGAAGAUGUGCUACAAGGCUAAACUCUCUUGAAAGACAAGUAAGUGUCUCUUCUGGCCAAACAGUUACCGUGUAUAUGAGACAGGGUCAGGUCAGGCUGCCUCUGUUACAGAUUCUCCAAGUUGCUGUCUACUGAAUCCCUUUCUCUUCUUCAGGAUUUUUAUACCUUUCUACACCUUUCUACACCGGUGUUUUUCCUCUUGAAUCCUUGAGCUGCUCCCUAGUCCCGUAUCAAUAUCUCACUUUGGUCUGCAAUUUUACUUGUGUUAUUUUGCGUGAUUCUGCUCUUUAUACUUUCUCACCGUUCUUUUUCACAACUCAGCAAAUUCCUUAGACGUCUGAGCCAAUUCUGUGUAACUAGUCUGUGUCAAAAUUAGGCCCUGGAUCACAGACAGCUGAAUCCCUGGGACGAGGGUAUUGGGGUUACACCAGAGGAGACACUAAAAUAUAAUGAAUGCCCAACCCUAUUUUCCACCGUGACCCCAGCCAUCACUAGUCUUCUGCUUUGGCCCAGGUGUUUCCAAAGACUGACACACUAUUUACAUGCAGUUUGAGCUGUUUUACAGGUAUGUUAUGCAGCUGCUAUUGAAAGGAAAUACCCUCUCAGCAGACCUACCAGCUUUCACAAGUGUGUAAUUUAGGAGGUCUCCUGGACUGCUUUGUUCAUUGCUGGCGAAACACGCUGGAGUUCUGCUGCAGCAAGGAUACAGUAAACAGCUAACAAUGUGCUCACAGGAAACUAAAGACUGCAGAAUUUAAAAUCUUUGGUUUCUAAAAUUAUAAUUUUGGUUUUCAAACAGCAGCAUUAAACUGCUGAGGAAAGGGCAACCUUUCCCCUAUCAGUUUACACUGGUAAUUCAUUAUUCAUUAUGCAGAAUUAGAGAGCUUAACUGAAGGUCUUUGAGAGAGGUCUUGAGCAAUACACUUUAGAAGCUGCGUAGUUAAGAUGGUGUUGGUUCUUUCCAAGUAAAAAAAUAACUUGCUUUAUAAAAAGGUUUGACAGCUUUUUUACUGUAUUCGUUUGUUUGAAAGAACAUUGCAAACAGUUUGAACAUGGAUUUUAGGUUUGGAAGUUACAGUUGAUACAGAACUUUUUAUUAUUAUCAUUACUAAUGCCAUAAUAUGUUUGCUGCUGCAACCAAAAACUUUGUUAAACAGGUUGGUGAUGGAGGAAGAUUAGUUCCUGUGCCCAGUCUCAGUGAAGCUGAUAAAUACCAACCUCUGAGUCUUGUAAUUAAGAAAAGAAAAUGUUUUCUUUCAAAAACGUCUAAAUUUGCUUCAACACCAUUCACAUUAAAAGACAUUCUUCAAGGGGAGAAAGAAAUUUCUGCAGGUGUCUCAUCCUACCAGUUGCUGAACUAUGAAGACAAAUCAGAUGUUUCGCUCAGCGGUAGAAGAGGAAAUCAGAUAAUGGAUGAUGUUGGUUUUGACGUUGCUGGAUCAGAUUCUAUUGCCUUUAAAGCUUCAUUUGGCAUAGUGACCAAACAUGAGGUUGAAGUACCAACACUACUUAAAGAACUUAAUACAAGAAAAAUAAAUUUUGAUCAUUGUCUAGUCCAUCAAUCAAGAAAAAGCAGGAUGGAAAUUUUGUGCGUAGUCAUGGAAAGUAUUAGAACUACAAGGCAGUGCUCAUUAACUGUCCAUACCGGAAUGCGUGGAGAGUCAAUGAGGUUUCACAUUAUUGAAGAUCAAAAUUGUAAAGGACGGGACAAAGCCAUUGUUUUUCCUGCACAUACAACAAUUGCAUUUAGUGUAUUUGAACUUUUUAUUCAUUUGGAUGGUAAUUUUGAACUCUGUGUGACUCCAAUUUCAAAAGGAGGAUUUGAAAAAGAGAAAUCUGGAUCAUCUUCACUGAACAAAUUAAGGAUGUUGAGGAGUAAUCUGUUUCAUCGAAAUAAAAGAGUAGUGGAUACCAUUGCUAACUCUGAUGCUUACUUGGAGGACCUUUUCACAGAUUAUUAUGAAAAAGCUGCAAGUAUGACGGAUCUCUCUACAAGCUAUCUCAGAGAAGGGGCUCAUAUCAGAAUUAAUUUACUUAAUAACAACAUCCCAAAAGGUCCCUGCAUCCUUUGUGGAAUGGGAAGUUCUAAAAGGGAGACAGUCUAUGGAUGCCUAGAGUGUUCUUUUAAUGGACAAAAAUAUGUACGACUGCAUGCUGUGCCCUGUUUUGACCUCUGGCAUAAGAGAAUAAGGUAACUGAGCUAGGUAAGUGCCUGUUGAUGCAGACAUGGGCAUAAAUGUGCCACAAUUUUUUCAAAAUUAGUACAUCUGACUUGAGUUCUUUAAAUGUAAAAUAGUCAAAGUGCAAAACAUUUUAUUACACUACUGUUAUUUCCAAAUGAUUUGCUUCACAAAUACAAAUAAUGACUUUAACUACUCGAAAAUGCCCUAGUGCAUUCCCUGACAUUUUACUUUUCUUCUUUCUAGCACUUUGUUUCUUCAUUCAUGAUAACUAAAUAUGGACUUUUAAACUAAGUUUUAUGUCAGACUAUAUGCUAAAACUUAUUUAUAAAUAAGUUGUUUACACAAACUUGUUCUUAAAUCCAAAGAUGUUGCGCCUUUAUCUACACUGGUGUAUGAUGGUAAAAUGAGAAAAUGUGUUAAUAAUUUAGCGUUCUCAUGAAUGUUUAAUGGACGUAUCAGAUUAAAAAACAUGUUAAAAAAGUUU